ACUUUACCCUCAUCAUCAAUCGUUUCUUCGUCUCCAUCAAAACCCAAAUGAAAACUUUCUUUAUAGAAAUUCACGGAGACGAAUAAAUGAUUAAAGUCCCUUCCUUUCCUUCUCUGUAAUUUCAUUCCACCACAAAGGCACAAACCCAUAAACAAAAGCUCUCUUUUUUAUCUCUCUUUUGGUCCAACUUGUGAGUCUCAAAGUCUGGUAAUGUAAUUUUGAUGAAAUUGUGUGGCUUGUAAUCCUUAUUCUUUUGAUUUGUAUAUGUUGAUGAUCCUUGAUCAACGAUCACGAUCAUGAUCUUCAGAUAUACAAUUUUGUAAUUUGUGAUCGCUUAAUAUUUUAUUAACAAUGGUUUCUCCUUUGCUGUUGUUGUUGUUGAUGAUGGUUCUGAUCUGGAUUUGUUUAGUGUGUUUUUGUGGAAUCAGUUAAUGAUCUCAUUGUUUGUAUUUACUGGACUAUAAAGUUUUGAUCUUGAUGAUGAUCUCUUUUGUGAUCUUAUUGGCUAAACAUGAACAGCAUUUUGUCUCGGUGUCUUCAAUCAUCAUCACUUAGCAUUCAAAGGUAGCUUCUUUUUGUUACUAUAUGUGUGUAUAUGUCUGAAGAUUUUGGUUGUUAGGAUCAUUGGAGUGAACAAUGCACUAGUUUAAUGAUGGUUUUGGUGGUUUUUAGUGAGUUAUAUAAACGUUUUGGGCUCUGCAAAAGUUGAGCAGUGGUCAAUGGAUACUACUACAUCAAGUGGUAGUAGCCCUGCUACGUUACAACUCCAUAGCAUCAUCCCGGAGAAUCCGAUCGCGGCACUGGAGUUGUCAUUUCCUCCGUUUCUGCGUCUGAAACGCCAAUGCCUUGGUAGUUCUGUUCCUGGAGAAUUUUUCUUGGCUUCUUGUCCUUCCAUUGUCCUUCAUGUUCUCACAACAUGUGAUUUGGGUCCUCGGGACCUUGCGAAACUCGAGGCAACCUGCUCCUUCUUCAGGAAGCCGGCAAACUUUUCUCCCGACUUUGACCUUUCGAUCUCAGAAGUUGCAGCUCUCGACAUUUGCCAAAAGAGGGCGAUAUUUAAAUGUAUGGGAGAGGAAGAACGCCAAGAAAUCAAAAGGAGAUGCGGAGGCUCGUGGAAGCUGGUUUUAAAGUUCUUGCUGGCUGGUGAAUUUGGUUGCAGGCGAGAGAAAUCACAAGCACUUGCAGGUCCUGGUCACAGCAUUGCCGUGACAUCAAAGGGCGUUGUCUACUCCUUCGGAUUUAAUGGUUCAGGACAACUCGGUCAGGGAACCACUCAAGACUCUUGGCAGCCUCUACCAGUCAGAUCACUUAACGGGAUCCGGAUCAUUCAGGCAGCUAUUAGCACUGAUAGAACAUUUGUAAUCAGUGAUGCUGGUGAAGUUUAUGCCUUUGGAAAAGUUUGUUUUAGCGAAGCUAAGUUAGAGGUCCCAGAAACUAAGCUAAUCACAACUCCCCAGCGGGUCAAGUCCUUGGCGGAAAUCUUUGUGGUACAAGCCGCGAUAGGAAAUUACUUCACGGCGAUUUUGUCGAGAGAAGGCAGAGUCUAUACAUUAUCAUGGGGAAACGAUGAAAGACUCGGUCACCAAACUGACCAUAGCUGUUCGUUGCCUCAACCUCUGUUGGGCGCCUUGGAGAACAUCCCAGUCGUGCAAAUUGCUGCUGGCUUUUGUUAUCUCCUUGCUUUAGCAUUUCAACCCACCGGCAUGUCGGUGUACUCAGUUGGAUGCGGUUUGGGUGGGAAGCUUGGGCAUGGUUUAUCUGAUUCUGAUGCCAGUGAGAAAUAUCCUCGUUUGAUUAAGAAGUUUGGUCUUUUAAACAUUGAACCGGUUAUGGUCUCAGCAGGGCCAUGGCAUGCUGCUGUAGUUGGGAAAGAUGGGCGAGUCUGCACGUGGGGUUGGGGUCGGUUUGGUUGCUUGGGUCACGGAACGGAAGAGGCAGAAAAUGCUCCUAAGGUUGUAGACGGAUUGAAGGAUGUUAAAGCCGUGCAUGUCGCCACUGGAGUGUACACAACCUUUGUUGUGUCUGAUGAUGGUCAGGUUUACUCAUUUGGCUCUGGCGGAGCCAAUCUUGGGCAGGAUGAUGUGGAUGAAAAUACUCUGACCCCGAAGCUAGUUUCAUCGUUGAAGGAUACAAAAGAGCGUAUGGUACAUGUGAGUUUGACAAACUCGGGGAAUGGGACUGGUCAUACAUUUGCAAUGACCGAGUCCGGGACACUCUAUGCAUUCGGGGCUGGGAACAGAGGGCAGCUCGGCGUGGAGCUGGGCGAAAACUUGACGGAAAGAGCGGAACCAGCAAAAGUUGCCGGUAUUGAUCUCUCUUAGAGAUUUGGGAAAGAAAACAAAAAAACAUCUUUUAAUUUAGGUUUCCAUCACCAUUGAUCUUGAGACUAAUGUUUAAAGAAGUGGUUGUACAUAGUAACAGGAAGGUAAAAUGACGUUUAAGAUUGUUAUGGUUUCUUUUAUUAGAUUGACUGCAAUUGUUUCUUUGGAUAAUUUAGCGUUUACAUGUUUAGCGUUUUUGUAAA